AUGAACCGAACACCGAACUCAAAUAGUCAAAAAAAUUACGCCCAAGCUGCAGCGCAGCCAAAACAAAAAACAGCUUCUCAUACUAAUAAUCCUCACCAUCCAAACCAACACCACCAACAGGUGUCUCAACAAAAUCAAUCUUCAGGAUCUUCUACAUCCACGAAUUUUUCUUCAUCCGCUAACGGAAAGCCUAACAAUACCUCACAAACGAAGCCACAGGCUCAGCAUAUUUCAAAUAUGGGAAAUGGUAAUACUGGCCGUUCGAUCAAGCACAAGAACGCAGUACAACUUCCAACGAAAGGUCAUGCUUGGGAAACAGCACCGAAUUCUUUUGGAUUCGGAACAGUAAAUAUACCAAACGCACAAAUACAAAUGUCGCCUCCAACUGGACCAACGAUUACAAGUGGUGGAGGAGUUCCUAAUGAUUUACCAACGAAAGGAGGUCCGACCUUCGGAACGGUGACAACUGUUGCUACUACACAACCAACUAAUGUUGAUACUUCUGCUACGCGUGCGAACGAGAUAGCUCGUACACAUUCUGCUCCACCGCUACUUAAUCCUCAAGAUUCAAAUAAUGUCAGAAAUGUCGGGCAAUCAGGACAUCCAUCGAAUGUGGGAGUUCGUAAUCAACCUAUUAAUAUGCAUCAACAGCAGUCUAUGGCUGUUUCUCAUCAGCAACCUUCGGUACCGGUUAAUAAUUCUGCUUUACAUCGUAAAGAAUCAGUUUCUUCUACUCAUCCACAUCAUAAACCUAUGGUGCCAGGUCCCGGUCAAAAUAUUACGGGACAAUACACUUCAAGGUCAAGAGAUAAACAUAUCCCACCAUCUUCACAUAUAAAUCCUGCACAGCAACAAGUUCCACAAGGUUCAAUACCUAUGGCACCUGGUUCGAUGCAAAUGUCUAUGCCUUGGCCUUAUAAUCGAGGAGAAUAUCUAUAUUAUCCACAAUAUUCCCAUCCUCAUCCUCCCCCUCAUUUAUACAUGGCACAAUACGCUCCAGUUCGCCCGCCAAUGACACAGGCUCAUAUUCCUCAAGUUCAAGUUCCAGUUACAGCUGUUAGUUAUUUAACAGCACAGCAAAAUCUACAAAAAAGUAAAGCUAUUCCUAUUGUUGAUCCUAAUAGGGGUGUCGCGAUUAAAACACCACAACAACAGUUAUCCAAGAGUCCAAAUUUCAAAAAAGAAGAAAUUCCCUCUGUCUUGGUUGACAAUAAACUCGAAGAAACUGAUAAGGAAAGAGCUAAUUCCGAAGAUAAAGGCAUAUCCAAGGCCAUUAAGAUUGUUGACCCUGCAGAAAAAGAACGCAAAGAGCGUGAAGAAUAUGAAAGGAAAGAACGUGAAGAACAGGAUCGUUUAGCAAGAGAAAAGGAAGAAAAAGAACGCAAAGAAGCAGAAGAGAAAGCUCGUAAAGAGCAAGAAAGACAAGAAGUAGAAAGAAAGAAAGAAGAGGAACGUUUAGCAAAAGAGAAGGAAGAAAGGGAACGUAUAGAAGCGGAAGAAAAAGCUCGUAAGGAACUAGAGGAAAAAGAAAGACAAGAAGCCGAGUUAAAGAAAAAAGAACUAGAGCGUUUAGCAAGGGAAAAGGAAGAGAAAGAACGUAAAGAAGCAGAAGAGAAAGCUCGUAAGGAACUAGAGGAAAAAGAAAGGCAAGAAGCAGAGAGAAAGAAAAAAGAAGAACAAGAACGUUUAGCAAGAGAAAAGGUUGAAAAAGAACGUAAAGAAGCAGAAGAGAAAGCUCGUAAGGAGCAAGAAGAAAAGGAAAGACAAGAAGCAGAGAGAAAGAAAGAAGAAGAACGUUUAGCAAAGGAGAAGGAAGAAAGGGAACGUAAAGAAGCGGAUGAAAAAGCUCGUAAAGAACAAGAAGAAAAAGAAAGACAAGAAGCAGAGAAAAAGAAAGAAGAACAACGCUUAGCUAAAGAGAAGGCAGAAAGGGAACGUAAAGAAGCAGAUGAGAAAAUUCGUAAGGUGAUUGAGGAAAAGGAAAGACAAGAAGAGGAAUGUGCUAAAGUAAAUACAAUCGAGGUUGAUUCAACUGAUAAGGUUAAAAAAGAAGAAAAGAAGUUCGGCAAAGGGAAUCGCCCAGGUCCAUUGGAUUUGUCACGUACUACAUCUGCACCUGCAAUUCCCAGUGCCCCACUAAGUGCACUUGGUAGUGCUCGUUUAAUUGAUGACUUAACUACUGUAUCAUACCCUCCGCACAUUAAAUCACCAGAUCCAAAAUUAAAUUCUGACGCCGAGCCAGGAAAAUUCAAAUAUGAUCGCAUUUUCCUUAUGCAAUUCAUGGACGUUUGUAAAGAAAAGCCAGAACAUUUGCCCGCAUUAGAAGCUAUUGGUUUGGAAGAAACUAAAGAUGACAAAAAGGGCAGUAGACAAAGUUCUCGACCUCAGAAUGCAAGAAUAGCGCAUAAGAAUAGUCCAAAUCAAUCUCAAUUUACUCAAAUGGGAGAAUUCAAACUACCAAAGACAAGCGAGGAAAGAUUCCUUGCUUCAUCAAUGAAGUUUGGAACAACAUCUGUUUCGGGUAAUUUUGCACGAAAUCCACUUGGUCGUACUGGAAGUGGAAGUACAUUAUUACCACCUCCAGCGAUGACAGCUUCACCACCAAGUCCAGGUCGCGCGUCUAGUGGACGAAGAGAUGGUGGACGAAGAAGUGGUGGUAAAGGGGGACAUCAAUUUCAAGGACAAAAUUUCGGACAUGAGCAGGUUGUACCUCUUGAACGUACAGAGAAUCGAUGGGUUCCUGGUUCAGUUUUAGAUAAUAUUCCUAAAGCAAAUGAAGAUUUCAUUCCUAUGGAAGUAGUUCAACGCAAAGUUAAGGCGCUUUUGAAUAAAUUGACGUUGGAAAAAUUUGAUUCUAUAUCUGAUCAAAUUAUUGAUUAUGCUAAUAAAUCGAGGGAUGAAAGAGAUGGACGGAUAUUAAAGGAAGUAAUUCGCCUUAUAUUUGAGAAAUCUUGUGAUGAACCGAACUUCUGUGCAAUGUACGCUCAACUUUGCCGUAAAAUGAUGGAGAGGGUUGAUCCUGUAAUUGUGGAUGAAAAUGUCAAAAAUACUGAGGGUAAAUUUGUUCAAGGUGGAACGUUAUUUAGGAAAUAUCUUCUUAAUCGUUGUCAGGAAGAUUUUGAGAAAGGUUGGAAAGUUAAUGUUCCGGUACCUGCCAAUGAAAAGGGAGAACCAGAUCUCAUGUCAGAUGAAUAUUAUGCAGCUGCGAAAGCCAAAAGACAUGGUCUAGGUUUAAUACGUUUCAUCGGUGAAUUAUUUAAACUAAAUAUGCUUACCGAGCGUAUUAUGCACGAAUGUAUAAAGAAGUUAUUAACGUUUCAAGGAAUACCCGAAGAAGAAGAAAUGGAAAGUUUAUGUAAACUAAUGAAUACCGUAGGUGAACAACUUGAUCAUGCCAAUGGCAGAACAAACCAACCAGAUCAUGGAAAAACCACUCAACUUGAUGAUACAAAAGCAAAACAAGCUAUGGACAGUUAUUUUAAUCGCAUGGAAGAUAUAUCGAAGAACCCAAAUAUGACUAGUCGCAUAAAAUUCAUGUUAAUGGAUGUCAUCGAUCUACGAAGUAAUUCUUGGAAACCUCGUAGAGACAUUAAUGCUCCAAAGACAAUUGCAGAAAUCCAUGAAGAUGCUGCAAAACAAAAAGAGGAAGCCGAUUUCCUAAGACGAACAGCUAGCUCUGGUGGUAGAGGCAUGCCUAAAAUGGGAGAGCAAAUGUCGCGUGGUGGUUCAGGUCGUCGUGACCACCGAUCGGACAAAGGAAUGUCAUCUCACGGAUCAGCACCUGGAAACGAUGGGUGGAUUAACGUUGGCGGAAGUUCACAGAGAAAUAAUAAAGUCGGCGACCUUACUAAAUUCGGAUCUAUUCGUAGUAGUGGUAAAAUCACUAGUAGCGUAAGUUUAGCACCAGGAGGUAAUCUCGGAAAUUUUUCUAGGAGCAAGAGUGAUAAUAAAGAUCGGGAAGACAAGUCUGCAGGUCUAAAUCGAACGAAUUCGACAUCAAACAUGUUCAGUGUAUUAGAGAGCUCUGAGGGAAGGAAGAGCUCAGAAUUUUCAACUUCAGAACCUCAAAAAUCCACUCCACCAAUGGAACGUCAAAGAUUAAAAUUAUUGCCACGCACAGUCGGUACUACACCCGAAGAGUCACAGCCUGCUGUCAAAUCAACUGCAUCCAAGUCUGCAGAGGCGGUAUCAUCAGUACAAACGAUGCCAGAAGAAGUGGCAAUAAAGAAGAUAGAUAGUAUGAUUGCGGAGUACUUUUCAGUUUUGGAUAUUCAAGAGGUCCUCGCUUGUCUCAAGGAGAUUCCGAUAGAAUUUCAUGCAAAAGCAAUAGAGGAAAUUACAAACAAAGUAAUUGAGAAAAAGCAGCCAGAGGUGGACAAUGUAAUAAAUUUAUUCAAAGAAAUUAUAUCAUCCAAAACUUGCGAUAAUAGUAAUUUCAAAGAUGGUUUUAAAGGAUCAUUAGUAUUUUUAAUGGAUAUUGGUGCAGAUGCACCAAUGGCUUAUUCGUUUACAGGACAAUUAUUAUAUAGUGCUGGGCUUGAUUUUCGGGAUAUUACAACUCUUCUUAAAGCUUUGGAUAAUGAUCGGGAAAUAGAAAAAAUUGUAAAGGGAUAUGUGAGCGUUUUAAAGAAUGACGUGGGGGAACAAAAUUGUGAACAAAAAAUAAAUGAGUUUGAUAUUAAAUCGUUGUUCCCAAAGAAAAAUGAAGUUGGUAUAAGUAAUUUUAUCGAAGAUCUUGGAUUUGGAUCACUAAAAAAAUAA